AUGGCAGACAUGUCGGGCAAUCUAAGCUCCACGGCGGCUAUUGCCGACCAUCGCACCUAUACCGACGAUGGACUGUCCUGGCCAAACCGCAAAACUGACUUCAUUGCCGUGUUGGUCCCAUUUCUAGCUUUGGCGUGGAUCGCUGUAGCUCUUCGGCUUUACACACGGUUCCGGAUCGUUCGUGCGCCCGGAUGGGAUGACUUUUUCAUCGUUCUCGCUUUGGUCUUCGGAUCUACAAGUGGGAUCAGCUUGGCUGUUGGGGAUCUGGAAAUAUUAGUUAAGAUAUUCUGGAUUUCAAACGCAUCGUUCACCACCAGCAACUCUCUGGUCAAGGUCUCACUGCUUCUGCAAUACCUCCGGACCUUCGUGGACCCGCGGCUCCGACGGCUCUGUAUCGGGCUUACCAUCCUUACUUGCGCAUAUGGUCUCGCGUUUGCGUUCAUGGGCUGGUUCCCGUGUUUCCCAGUGGAGGGUUUCUGGCGCCGACAAGUAAAGGCAUUCUGCUAUGGCUACGGUUCUAGAGACGGCACCGAGUUAUACGCAGCAGUCCUUUCCGCCAAUGCUAUCAACAUGGCGCUCGAUAUCAUGAUCUUCCUCCUCCCCAUUCCCCUGCUGUUCCGGAGGGACACCUCGCGUAAGACAAAGGUCGGCCUGUUGGUUUUAUUUGGCCUGGGGAUUGCCAUUAAUGUGAUUGCCGGCUUGCGCCUGGUUACAAACCACGUCUUGAACCAGGAGGGUGACAAAGCGGAUUUGACAUACGAUUUCGUCAAGAUAUUCGUCCUCGGCGAAGCGGAAAACAGGCUCUCCUGCAUUUUGGGCUCCAUCCCCGUCUUCUGGCCAGUGGUCUCGCAAAAGAUACAGGAAAUAUUCAUCACGAGGGAGUUCAGGGUGGAAAGUACUUACCACAUCUCCCUCGACCCACAACGGCGGUGGAAAGAUGACGAUCAGCCGCAGCCGUACAACGGGAAACAGGGAGGCGGGCACGACAUCGAGAUGCAGAGUCCGCCCCUUGGACAACAUGGGAAGGGCGGCCUGGAGUAUCAAGAGGAUGAAGUCCUGGAGACAGGCUUACGGCACCCUGGACGACUGGUAGACGUGGAUAACUACACUCGCGCCUGGAUUGGGCCCUUUGCGGAAGAUGAGAACAUGCAGCAACCAGUCAUAAGUGAGGUCAAAGCGGAAAAGUCGUCGGGAAGAUAA